GGAUCCGGCUGUAUGAGCUAAAUCCGUCCAGUACUUGGGGCCUCAUGGUGUUCGCGUCCAAACUUCCAUGUGGGAAACACGUUGGAGCACUAGUGCUGGCCUUGCUUGGGCCAGUAGCCGCAUCACCACAGGACAAGCCACCAGCCGCAGUCCAGGGCACUAAAAAGAAGCACCAUGGUCUGCAAAAUGGCCUCACAGCUGUCGGUUUGCCGGCACCCUGGGGUGCCUCAGCACCAGUAUCCAGCAUCGUGCAGGGUCAUUUGGCUCCAACCGUGCACGCAUCUGGCCAAGCCUCCAGCAGCUUGUGGGCCUGUAUUGUGGCAGGUGCCGGAGCAGUCGGGCACAACAUCCGCCAGAAUCGGGAGCCUCGAAACCGGCGGCAACCUCGAAGGGGUGCCAGGCAAGUUACUCCGGCCGCGGUGGCCCCGGUGGCCGUGGAAGCAGAGGCUGUGGAGUCGGAUCCUGAAGUGACAGUUGCAGGCUGGCAAACAGAGAGCGAAGACGAGUCUAUGGAACACUUGAAUCGAAUUGGCAAGCAGAAUCAGAUACAGUUUUUACAACAAGUGAUGGGUCACGAGAUGCAAGGCGGGCAAAGCCGGCCGAACCCAUUUCCUCAAGUGCCGCAAGAGGCUUUCCAACCACUCCCAGUCCAACCACUCCCAGUCCAACCACUCCAGCCCCAAUCGAUGAUCAGUCAGAAUAUGACGAACCCAACUCCGGAGAAUCCCAACUUCCAGUACUACGAUCCGCAGUUCAAUCAGCAAAUGAUGUAUUGGCAACAGCCGAUGCAGCAAACGCAGCAGUUGAACCACUUCAAUCAGCAAAUGCAGAUGCAGAUGCAUCAAUCCUUAGAGCAGCAGCCAAGGCUCCAACCUUUGCAAUACAAUGUCCCGGAGGGCAUGGUCUUGGUGGUUGUGCCAGUUGAGCCUGGUGCAGAACAAGGUGAGGCCCAGCAACCUCAGCGCCACGCUGAGAUGGACAGUCGAAGCUCUAGCCAUCAACAUGCGCCUGUGAACCGAGCCCCUUCCGUGUCCUCCAUUCCCUCAGAGAUCUCCACCGAGAUUGGUUCCUCUGUAUCCACGCAGACUGCACACAGUACCCGUUCUCGUGCCAGGUGGAACAACAAAGACUGUGAAGCAGUUGUGCGUCAACUGCAAACAUGUGGCUUGGACGCCCUCCAGCGCAGGAGGCUAUUGGAGCAGAUCGCAGAGGACGCGUGGACAAUGGCCAUCACCAAACAUGGCACACGAGUCGUCCAAGCUGCAUUGGAAGUGGCCGACCUCACCGAAAAGUUGAACUUAGUGAUGUCUCUCAGGGGCCGAGUGUGGCAGGCGUUGAAGUCUCCUCAUGCAAAUCAUGUGUUGCAGAAGGCGAUUUCACAUUUGCCACCGAAAAAGCUGGACUUUGUCGUCGCCGAGCUCAGAGGGCGAGUUGGUGAUGCUGCCCGUCAUCCCUUUGGAUGCCGUGUGUUGGAAAGGCUGCUGGAGCACUGUCCGCGUGAGCAGACUGAGCCCAUUGCAAGAGAGGUUUUGGCAGAUGUUGUGGAGCUGAGCAAGCAUGCAUACGGAAACUAUGUGGUACAACAUACCUUGGAGCACGGCAGUCCGCUGCAAAAGCAGCAGCUCUGCGAGGCAAUGCGGAUGGAAAUUGGCCGUUUGGCAAGACACAAGGUGGCUAGCCACGUGGUCGAAUGCGCUCUUCUUCAUAGCUCUCCAGACGCGAGACAAAUGUUGAAAGAUGCGAUGGCCAGCAAUGCAGAGGAGCUUGCAAGUGACUUGGCCGACAAUAGUCUCACGGCCAGCAACUACGGCAGUUUUGUGGUCAAAGAGAUGAAAAAGCGCUAG